CCUAAACCAGUCCCCCGCUUCGUGACAGUUCUUUCUAUUCGUCUCGAAUAACUACAGCACGAAGAAUGUUGAUUCCUAAGAAGAACCGCACCAGUAUAUAUGAAUACCUUUUCAAAGAAGGUGUCAUGGUAGCAAAGAAAGAUUUCAAUGCACCACGACAUCCAGAUCUUGAAACUGUACCUAAUUUACAGGUUAUCAAGGCAAUGCAGUCUUUGAGAUCACGUGGUUAUGUAAAAGAGCAAUUUGCGUGGAAACACUAUUAUUGGUAUUUAACAAAUGAAGGUAUUACUUACCUCAGAGAUUAUUUAAAUCUCCCACCCGAAAUUGUUCCGGCGACGCUUCGCCGACCAACACGAAGCGACGGAGGUCGUCCCAGGCCAAAAGAAGCACCAAGACCUUCAGGACCACCAACUGAUACCGCUGACCGCGAGGCGUAUCGACGUGGUCCAGCAUCCGAACCAAAAGGUGGUGCUGGUUCAAAUUUUAAUCCAGAGUUCCGUGGUGGUGGCUUUGGUCGUGGUGGUGGAGGUUUUGGUGCACCUUCAUCAUAAAUAAAUGUGUUGAAUUAAAUAUCUUUUAAAAACUCA